CUUUUUCGAUUUUAAAUAGCGAGGGAAGGGAAUUCAAUUAUUGAGAACAAAAGGCACUUAAUUUAUUUUUCUUUUGUUGUAAUUUUGACAAAUCGAUCUCUUUAUAGAACUAGAAAAUCUAAAUUUUUUUGUUUGUUUGAUUGUAAUUGCAAGAUGGGAUUGUGGGAAGCUUUUCUCAAUUGGCUAAGAAGUCUCUUUUUCAAGCAAGAGAUGGAGUUGUCUCUGAUAGGACUCCAAAAUGCAGGGAAAACAUCACUUGUAAAUGUUGUUGCAACAGGUGGAUAUAGUGAAGACAUGAUCCCUACGGUGGGAUUUAAUAUGAGGAAGGUAACAAAAGGGAAUGUCACAAUAAAGUUGUGGGAUCUUGGAGGUCAACCAAGGUUUCGCAGCAUGUGGGAGAGAUACUGCCGUGCAGUUUCAGCUAUUGUAUAUGUUGUCGAUGCAGCUGAUUUUGAUAAUUUAUCUGUCUCGAAAAGUGAACUUCAUGACCUUUUGAGUAAGCCCUCAUUGAAUGGUAUUCCAUUGCUAGUAUUGGGCAACAAGAUUGACAAACCAGGAGCUUUGUCUAAAGAAGCUUUUACAGAGCAAAUGGGGCUCAAGUCUAUUACCGAUAGAGAAGUAUGUUGCUUCAUGAUUUCAUGCAAGAACUCCACCAACAUUGAUACAGUUAUUGAUUGGCUCGUAAAGCAUUCAAAAUCAAAGAAUUGAGUUGUAAUUCCUGUACUUGUAGUGAUGAUUAUGACAAUUUUAAGCGGCUGAACUUGAGUUUGAUUGAAGUGGCAUCUACUAUGUCUAACUGCUUUAUUGAUGUCCGAGUCUGACCAUCAUCUUUAAUAUCUCUGCAUGGCUUUGAUCAUAGCAUGUGUAAUUGGGGUUGACAUCCAGGUUUUGUUCACACCCUUGUAUCUGUUGGGUUACAAUCUAGCUUGAUUUCUAUGUACAGAUAAUUAAUUUAUUAUUUGCAGUGUAAACAUUCAACAUGAAUUGUGGUUUUGAGUGAAAGAAUACUAUUCAUGGA